AUGCGGCCAUUCAUGCCCUGUUCCCGUCUCUCCGCGGUAUCCCCUCCCCUCGCAUCUUUCCCCGCAUCCGCCGUAAUUCACACUGCGCAGCUGACUCCUCAAUCCUUCCGCCAAACCCCUCCGCCAACGUUCCCUCGUCAAAUCCGCGUCCUGAAUCACCUCCCCUCCGCGCAAGUACAUAAGCGCGCAGUUUCCCGUCGCCUGGUUGCGCGCAGCGGCGCGCAGAGCGCAUAUAACGGGGAGGCUGACCGCGGAGACGAUUCGCGCGAGCCGUUCCAGUCAGGAGGCGGCGAUGGGGGCGCGGGGGGGGAAUCCGGCUCUUCCGAGUCGGAGGCGCGGCGGCUUGCGCUUGACGACGCGGCUCGGGCGGAGAUGAGGGCGCGAUCUGAGCUCGCGCUUGCAGCGGUGGCGAAAGGCUCCGGGGGAGCGACUGCCGCGGCGGGAGACGCGCCAGGAAACGCGGCGGGAAACGCGGCGGGGGAUGCGGGAGGGAGUGGCGAGAGCGGGGACGGAGGCGCGUGGAAAUGGGCGGUGCGGAAGGGCGUGUGGGACGAGCUUGAGGCGCGUGACGUGGCACGACCGCCGCGCCCCGUGCACCACCGAAUUCCCAACUUCGAAGGGGCGGACAAAGCUGCUGGCAUGGUGAGCGAGGGGGAAAGGGGGGAAGCGGGAAGGAUAGGGGCCGUGCACCACCGCAUCCCCCACCACUGCGUCUCUGCCCGACUCGCAUCGUUACCAGAGUUCCAGGCAGCACGGUGCGUGAAGGUCAACCCCGACACGCCUCAGAAGGCCGUGCGCCUCGCGGUGCUGGAAGGCCUCAAGCUCCUGCUAACCCCGCAACCGCGCCUGCGCACCGGUUUCUUCUCUCGCCUCUCUGCCGACCACAUACCGCCCGACCAGCUGCUUGCUGCCUGCACAGCGGCCGGCGUGGCUCGGCACGGAGUGCCAGUGGCGCUAGAGGACAAAGUUGCGGUGGAUAUGGUGGUGCUCGGGUCUGUUGCGGUUGACCCGACGACUGGUGCCAGGCUGGGGAAGGGCGAGGGCUUUGCAGAGCUGGAGUACGGCAUUCUGAGGUGGAUGGGGGCAGUCACAGACGACACGCCUGUGGUCACCACUGUGCACGACUGCCAGCUAGUGCAAGCGGGCGCCAUCCCAACCAGCAAGUUGAGGCAGCACGACCUGCCGGUUGACAUCAUCUGCACGCCAACUCAGAUCAUCCGCGUGACUUCCAAGAUUCCCAAGCCCUCAGGCAUAUACUGGCACCUGCUCUCUCCUCAAAAGCUGGCUCAGAUCCGGAUCUUGCAGCAACUCAAGAGCACCCUUGAAGCACAGACAGGCGCCGCCCUCCCUCUAGGACCAGACGAGGAGCUGCCGCCCGUUGCCGCCCGGCACGGGAAGGGGGGGCGGCGGAAGGAAGGGGGAAGGGGUGGGGGAAAGGUGGGGGAGAGGGGAGGCGUGGGGAGAGGGAGAGGGGAGAGGAGGGGAGGGGAAGGGAGGCGGAGUGAGAGAAAGGUGUGGAGGAGGGGCGAUGAUAGGGGCAGUGGAGGGGAGGAGGGGGAAAGAGAGUGA